AACAUUGCAAUUGUAUAUUGGUGUCUGCAAUUUCUGCCUCGGAGUCAUCUCCUUCCUUCACCUCUAGUCUCGGCAAACAUGGCAUCACUCCUCAAGAAAUCACUAAAGCUUGCGCUCAUCCAACUCGCCUCCGGGCCCGACAAGAGCGCAAACCUCCUCUCGGCGCGUCAAAAAGUUCUCGACGCCUCAAAAGCGGGCGCAAAACUCGUCGUCCUGCCCGAAUGUUUCAACUCGCCCUACGGAACAAAGUACUUUGACAAGUACGCCGAAACACUCCUACCGUCUCCUCCCUCGGAAUCGCAAUCGCAGACAUUCCAUGCGCUUAGCAAAUUGGCACAAGAGGCGGGCGUAUAUCUUGUUGGAGGCAGCAUACCAGAAAGAGACGACAAGGACGAGAAGAAACUGUACAACACAAGUCUGACGUUUGCGCCGAGCGGCGAAUUGCUGGCUACACAUCGAAAGGUGCAUCUAUUCGACAUUGACAUAGCGGGGAAAAUCACGUUUAGGGAGAGCGAGGUGCUGUCGCCGGGGAACAAGAUCACAUUGGUGGAUUUACCAGAGUAUGGAAAGAUUGCAGUUGCGAUAUGUUACGACAUAAGGUUUCCGGAACUUGGCAUGAUCGCGGCGAGAAAGGGCGCGUUUCUGCUGCUGUACCCGGGCGCUUUCAACCUCACGACUGGCGCAUUACACUGGGAGUUGCUGGCGAGGGCUAGGGCGACGGAUAACCAGGUCUACGUUGGACUGUGUAGUCCCGCAAGAGACAUGCAGGCCGAGUACAAUGCGUGGGGACACAGCAUGGUAGUGGAUCCGAACGCGGUGGUGGUGGAGCAGCUAGAUGAGAAGGAGGGUGUGUUGUUGCAAGAGCUGGAGGCAGGCAAGAUUGAGGAGACGAGGAAGGGCGUGCCGCUGUAUGGACAGAGACGGUUCGAUGUAUAUCCAGACGUCAGUGAGGGGGGGAGAUUCGAGGAAUAGUGUGACUAGGAUGCGGCAUUUAGAUGCAAUCAUUCUAGAUGACCCACCAAGUCACACACCGGUUUCGACCCCUUUGGCCUUCUACUUUCAGCCGUGAGCCAAGGUGCUAGUAGCUGUCCGCACAGAAUUUGCGAUUUGCGUCAUCAGACGCGAUGAUUCAAAGUUAAAUAGUCAUGUUGGUAUACGAAGAAAACGAAGCUUGACAUGUGA